UAGUCACCGACGUGCUGACGUCACACAGGGGAGCGUCAGGGAUCCAAGAUGGCGGCGGAGCCCAAUAAGACGGAGAUCCUGACCAUUUUCAAGCGGUUAAGGUCUCUUCCCACGAACAAGGCGUGCUUCGACUGUGCUGCUAAGAACCCCAGCUGGGCCAGCAUUCCCUACGGGGUUUUCCUCUGUAUCGACUGUUCUGGAAUCCACCGCUCUCUGGGGGUUCACCUGAGCUUCAUCAGAUCCACGGAGUUGGACUCCAACUGGAACUGGUUCCAGCUCCGGUGUAUGCAGGUGGGAGGAAACGCCAACGCGACGGGGUUCUUCCGUCAGCACGGCUGCUCCACCACCGACACCAACGCCAAGUACAACAGCCGGGCGGCGCAGAUGUACCGGGAGAAGAUCCGGCAGCUAGCUAACGCAGCGCUGUCCAAGUACGGCACAGACUUAUGGAUCGACUCUUCCCCGGGAGGAGCUCCGGCUGCUCAGGCCGCUCCGGAGAAGAAGGAGGACGACUUCUUCUCAGAACACACUCAGCCCUCCAACGACUGGAACAUGAUGCAGCCGUCGGAGCUGGAGCAGAAUGGAGCCAUCACGGCCACACUGACGCUGACGGACACCAGCACUAAAACCAACGAUAGCCGGCCGGAGGACGGACCGAGCAUCGACGGCCUGAGCACGUCCCCCAAAGCCAUCGACGACUCCAUGAGGCUGUCGGCGCCGAGCGGACGCCUGCCUGAAGAUGUGAAGCCGUCCAUCAUCGGGAAGAAGAAGCCCAUGGCUGCCAAGAAGGGGCUCGGGGCCAAGAAGGGCCUGGGCGCCCAGAAGGUGAGCAGCAAGAGCUUCUCGGAGGUGGAGAAGCAGGCGCAGGUGGCGGAGAAGCUGCGGGAGGAGCAGGUGACCGAGGCCAAGAAGCAGGCCGAGGAGUCCAUAGUGGCGUCCAUGCGGCUGGCCUACAAGGAGCUGGAGAUCGACCGCAAGAUGGAGGACAGGAAGCUGCAGAACAUGGAGGGGAAGAAGAGGGAGCAGGCGGAGCGGCUGGGCAUGGGCUUCGGGAACCGCAGCUCCGUCUCCCACUCCGUGAUGUCGGAGAUGCAGCUGAUCCAGCAGGAAACCCCGGUCGGAACCAAGACCUCGACCCGGUCCAAGCUGGACCUGUACGACGAGCCCGGGUUCAGUUCUGGACCCCCCAAGUACAAGGACAACCCGUUCACCCUGGGGGACGGGUUUGGGUCCGGGUUGGGGUCCCGCUGGGACCAGGACGGUUCUGGUUCUGGUUCCUUCAGCAGCUCCUGGGUUCUGGAGAAGGAGGAGCCUAAAGAUGAUGUCACCAUCUCCAGCAUCCAGCCAAUCGGAGAGAGGCUUCCCAGCAGGAGGAAAGCGGAGGUUCUGGUUCCGGGUCCAGAGUCCAGCGAGGCCCGGCAGAAGUUCUCCAACGCCAAGGCCAUCAGCUCCGACAUGUUCUUUGGGAGGGAGAGCAGCGCCGAGUACGAGGCCAAGACCAGACUGGAGAACUUGUCCGGCAGCAGCUCCAUCAGCUCUGCAGAUCUGUUUGGAGACGACGACCUCAGAGGCCGCGGCUACGACGGCGUUCUUCCCUCCGGUCCAGACAUCGCUCAGUUCAAGCAGGGGGUGAAGACGGUGGCCGGCAAGAUGGCCGUCAUCGCUAACGGAGUCAUGAACACCAUCCAGGACCGCUACGGAUCCUACUGAGACCUGGACCAGAACCAGGACCAGGACCCCCCGGACCCCCGGCGGAGCCUCCAACAGUAUUCUCAUCCUCGUUUAGUUUUAUUUUCCUAAAGAAGUCGGAGGAUAAAAGUCUUUUCUAAAUCAGUUUGGUUGUAAUUUACUGAAAUCUUCACGUUUUCCUCAUAAAUCUGUUUCCUGUCACA